GCGCGUGCUCAUGCAUCGGAAUACAUAUGUAUGUACAUACAUAUAGGACAAUGUAAAAUUCAUCAAAGUUGUAUGUAUAUAUAUACACGUAAUGCAAUUUGAAACUGUCGCACCAAUCCAACAAUACAUACGUAACUCGUUCAGUAUUUAUUGCUCUGUUCGUAGGAGCUGAUACAAUUAAUUAAACUGUUCUACACAGUUUUAAACUAAAAAAAAUUUAAUUUUUCAAGUUAUUAUCAAGCUUAUGAAAAUGGCAAACAAGGACAAUAAGACUGAAAGCUCAGCUGAAGUUGAAGAAGAAAAUGAAAAUGAAGAUGCAGAAAAGAUUCUUAUCAUAGAUCCUGAUAGCGAAGAACUGGAUUUCAAUCAUUCAAGAUUAACGAAGCUGGAAAAUUUGGAACCUUUAAGAAAAAUACAUAGAUUAUGUUUCACAUGGAAUUUAAUUAAGAAAAUUGAGAACCUAGAUACUCUUACAACUUUGGUUGAACUAGAGCUGAGGGAUAAUCAGAUUAUUGUUAUAGAAAAUCUAGAUGCCCUUACAAAUUUAGAACUCCUAGACUUAUCUUUUAAUCGUAUUAAAAAAAUAGAAGGAUUAGAAAACUUAUUAAAUUUAGAAAAAUUGUUUUUGUCCUCAAAUAAAAUCCAGUGCAUUGAAAAUCUGUCACAUUUGAAGAAGCUUGAAACUCUUGAGUUGGGUGACAACAAAAUACGAGAAAUUGUUAAUCUUGAAGGUCUUGAUAGUUUGACAAGUCUGUUCCUUGGUAAAAACAAAGUAACAAAGAUUGAUAAUUUAGAAUAUUUACCACGUCUUCAAUUAUUGAGUCUUCAAAGUAAUCGUAUUACAAAAAUAGAGAAUUUAGAUGAAUUAAAGAAAUUGGAUCAGCUAUACUUGUCUGAAAAUGGAAUAACAUGUAUUGAAGGAUUAUCUGACUGUUCCGAACUAACAACAUUGGACUUAGCUAAUAAUAAAAUUAAAAAAAUUCAAAAUAUUGAUCAUCUUGAAGAUUUGAAGGAAUUUUGGAUAAAUAAUAAUGAAAUCGAAGAAUGGACCACUGUAGAAAAUUUAACAGCUAAUAAGAAAUUACAAACUGUUUAUCUAGAACAUAAUCCAAUUGCCAAAGAUCCAAAUUACAGAAGAAAAAUAAAAUUGCUAUUGCCAUGGCUCAUGCAGUUAGAUGCAACACUUUGCAGAUAAAUAUUAUAAUAAUACAAAGCAAUCAUUAUUCGGAUUAUAUUUAUUAAUACUAUCACUUAUUUCGUUUUAAUAUUGUUUUAAGAUUAGAUUAUUUUCAGAAAAAGUGGAAAGUUAAAAAUGUAGCCUUAACCUUAUAGAUAAAAGAUGUGAAAGGUUUCUCAACAAGGCAAUGCUCUUUCUUAUACUUUACAUUUUAUUAAGCCUUGUGAAUGUAUUGUGAAAUGGUGGAGAUAAAUCACAAUUUUAAUAGUUAAAAAUAUAAAUUUAUAAAGAAAUCAUA